UUGUCAAAUUCAAUUUAAAAAACAAAACGGUGAAUCGUAAAGAAAUAAUUAUUUACUUACGAAUAAUUAUUUAAAAUGACUGCAUUUAAACAAUUAAAAGAUGUCAGUAAUGCCUUCGAGCAGCAAUUGCGUGACAUAUCUACUGAAUUAUUCUCAGCAAAGAUACAAGAACCGUUUGAAGAAGGGCUAACGAACAAAUUACAAGAUUUAACUUUUUUAACUUCAAAAUUAAGGCUGUUAAAAGCGAAGCCUUUGUCUGCCUUACCACAAAUCACGGAGCGAACAAAAACAGAAGAAACUAUAAAGGAGUAUGGAGAACUGGCACAAUGGAAGGUUUUGGAACAAAGUAUAGUGAAGUCUCUGACUCAGGCACAUGCUGUGAAGGCUCUCCUCACUACGCCGGACCGUAAUCUAGAACCUGAUCUUGUGGAGAGAAAAGAACAAAUAACCACAGCACUCAAGGAGUUCCGCCACCAAGAGUCACAGCUGCGUCACCUGAAGAGUUUGGAAGCGGAGAAGGAGGCAGAGCUAGCUGCUGCAAGGAGUCUCUGGGAUCAGGAGUUGACACAGUUGAGAGAUAUGAGGGAGUCUGGCAAUUACUUCGAAGAGUAUGAUGUUACUAGUCCUAUGUAUAAGAAACUCCGCACCGUAGUCGACAAACUGGAGCUGAUGCGAUGGUUGGUCGGGAGACUGGUGACGUCACGCGGCUCCCGAGACUGGCUCGCUACACCGGACCGCACAGCGCAUCUACUACGACUGGCUACUAAGCAUAAUAAUGUUGAUACGUUUCUUAAAGACUAACGCUCAAAUACUGAAAUGCUACUCAAUUUUAGGUUGUACUUAAAUAUCGUGGCCUCGUUGGUCGAGUGGUGGCAAGUGCGACUGCCGAACAAGGGGUCUCGGGUUCGAUUUCUGGGUCGGGCAAAGUAUUGCUGGGCUUUUUUCGGAUUUUCGAAAAUUUCUCAGUAGUAGCACGGAGUCUGGAAUUGUGCCCAGUAUAUGGCAAUAGGCUCACCCCCUAUUACAUGGGUCUUAUAACAAAAAUGGUGAAAAGUGGGUGUACAUUGUAUAGCGGCAUUACGUAUCGUAAUGUACACCUCUGCCUACCCCUUCGGGGAUAAAAGGCGUGAAGUUGUGUGUGUGUUAAAUAUCGUGCUACCGGAGCUGCGGACUACCUAGCGGGUUUACCGGGGCUCCGGCUCGAAAAGCAGGAGAAGGAACGGGGUGGUUUUUAGUCAGUAAGAGUCUGACACUCCCUCUCGCCUCGCCCAAGGCGGGAGAAGUAAUUAGAUGAUUUUCCCCCAUCAAAAAAUAAAUAAAUAUCGUGCUAUCUCUGUCUUUUUAUAAAUAAUUGUUAGUGACUGAAAUGUUUUUGAGAGCGUCUUAAAAUUGGGUAGCGUUUGAGUAUUCGAACGUAAGUUUCUUUAACGUAAUAUACUUAAUAAGUUUGAAGACAAAAUAAUCAGUAGUUUUUGUACUAUAUCUCAUAUUUGGGUAGUUUCUUCACAUCACAUCAACAGCCUAUAAGUGGCCACUGCUGAUCAAAGCCUCUUCUCACACGGAGAAGGUUUGAGCAUUUAUCACCACGCUUGCCCAAGUACUUGCAAGUUAGCGUUGGGUUGGAUAGUUUUCUCAGAAAAAAAUAAUAUUUCGACUUUUCAAUACAAUAAAUUAUUCAAAAAUAAUUACACUUUCAUUCAUAGAUUUUAUGACCUACAUAAUUAUCGAUAUUU